AGCAAAAUUCUAUCCUUUUCUCAUUAGAUUAAUUUAUUUGGGCAUGGUGAAAUCUCUUAAUAGGCGGAUGAGUUGUUGGCUACAUCUUCCAUUAACUUCUCGGAGGACUUCUCAAAUAGUCUGAGUGAUUGUUGGUCAAUCAUGGAAAAAAAGUCACUUUAUAGUUCAAGUUCUGAAUUCCAAUGCUUAAUAACACAAGUGCUUUCAUGGGACAUACGUUCUCUCUCCCAAAGGAGAAAAUCUCAUAUUACUACCGGGAUUCCUGACGAUGGCACUACAGAUGAGGAUAUUCUGGAUUUGGAGAAAUGCACGGAUGAAACAAUGUCACGAGAAAAAAGUGAAAACGGAAAACGUUCUUGUACAGAUUGCGUCUAUCACCUUAUUUUGGAAGGCAUAGAUAUUUCAUACAGAAUUGACCUGAGUGGCAAUGUUGUAGUUGAGAAAGCGAGUCUUUUGCCUCGCUCUAAAUGUGGUCACUAAAAUUUUGGAGUUAGUACUUGGGGGUGGGGGACACAUACUUGAGGCCUUCCACAACUUCAGGGUUAAAUUGAGUUUUAGUGUUAAUGGCAUGUCUGAAUGAACUAUUAAUGUAUUUCCAUUUGCACAAAACAUCUAAAAUAGAACCAGAAUUCACAUUGAGGGUUUUGACAAACCCAUUUUUUCUCUGACUUGGGGUAUUUGCGUUUAACAUACCGGGUACUAAAUUGAGUUAUUGCUC